AUGCAAGACGCGAUGGAACGAGAACUCGCGAACGAAGAGCGAUUGAUGAGCGAGCGCGCAGAGGUAGAAUAUCGCGAAGACGAGGAAGAACAGGAGCGGUUGACGCGGGCGAUUGAGGCGUUUGAGCGAUGGAAAUUUCCCGAGGCGGAGGACGUCGGCGAGAACGCCGAGUCGAGCGGCGAAGACGUCUUGUGUCCGGUGUGCGCCACGAGACGGGUGCUUUACAACAGGCACGUGUUAUUUUGCGCGUGUGGGGACUUUAGAAUCGCGCGUGCCGAUGAAAACGUAGGGUUGACGUACUUGAAGCGACGUUUGGCGGAGACAUUUGAGGCACACGUCUCACGCGGGUGCGGCAACGCUGGUGGGCUUCGGUUUAGCGUGCGCGAUGAGUACGGUUUAGAUGCGUGCGUCGCAAAGUGUGAAAGGUGUUCGUUUUUAGAGAUUGUGAUGUAG